AUGGCAGAAGACAUCAAGAUGAAAAUCAAGAGAGGCGCCUGGAACUACCAGACUACCCCUUUUGACAGCCGCUUCCCCAACCAGAACCAGACCAGGAAGUGCUGGCAAAACUCCCUGGACUUGCCCCACUGUGACAGGGCAAUGACUGCCCAAAGGGAUGCUAUCUCUGCAUGGGAGUGGUACCUGCGUGUGUUCAGGUCCCUCUGCCUCGCAUCCUGGGUGUCGGUCAGCCUGGGAUGA